AUGCGCUUCAGCAUCAUCAUCAUCGCAGCCUUGCUGCCUUUCGCCUUCAGCAAGGUGACCUACAACAAGUGGAAAGGGUAUUCGAUUGAAGCCUCCGACCUGUCUCAGGACGAUGUCACGAAGCUUCUCAGCGGGAUCCAUCAUAUUCCCCUCGGCGAGCACCAGGACACAAUUGAAGUGGCAGUCCAUCCAACAAGCGUCCACAACUUUGAAGGCCUUGCCUUGAAGUCCACUCUCUUCAUCGAAGACAUGGCUGAAGAAUUUGCCAAGGAGGGAAACUUCGAAGAUUUGACCGCUGCGCGCACUCAUGACCGUGUCAAGCUCGCCCAGCCCGACAAAUCCUACUUCAAGUCCUACCACAGCUUCGAGCAGCACACCCAAUUCUUGAAGGAUCUCCAAAGCUCCUUCUCCAAGAACUCCGAAGUCUUCUCUACUGGUAAAAGCGUCGAGGGUAGAGAUGUUCAGGGCAUUCAUCUCUGGGGCAAGUCCGGAAAGGGCAAGAAGCCUGCCAUCAUCUGGCAUGGAAACGUGCAUGCUCGCGAGUGGAUCAGCAGCAUGACAGUCGAGUACCUGGCAUGGAAGCUCGUUCAAGGUUAUCAUGACAAGAACAAGCUUUCCCUAUCUAUCAUUGAUACCCACGACUUUUACAUUCUGCCAAUCGUCAAUCCUGACGGAUUUGUCUACACCACCAAGUCUGAUCGCUUGUGGCGUAAAAACCGCCAGUCGACUCCCUACAAGAAGUGCGUGGGUACUGAUAUGAACCGAAACUGGCCCUACAAGUGGGAUAUCCCCGGUGGCUCUUCCACAGAUCCUUGCGAAGAAACAUACCGGGGUGUCAAGCCUGGAGACACUCCCGAGAUCAAGGCUUUGACAAACCACACCAUGGCGAUUUCGCAGAAGACGGGGAUCAGCUCCUACAUCGACUGGCACUCUUACAGCCAGCUCAUCCUCUUGCCCUACGGCUACACUUGCGAUCAGAACGCGACCAACAUAGACUACCAGAUGGAGCUCGCGGGGGAGGUUGCGAGCGCGAUUGAAGACUAUGAGGGAACAUAUUUCGACUACGGCCCUACUUGUCAGACUAUCUACCAAACCUCGGGUGGUAGUAGCGAUUGGGUUUACGAUGUUGCUGAAGCCGAACUUGCUUGGGGCAUUGAGCUUCGCCCAGCGCGAUUGAGGGGCGAUGGAUUCGUUCUUCCGCCCAAAAACAUCAUCGCAUCAGGUGAGGAGAUUUGGGCUGGAAUGCAGGUCUUGUUCAAGAACCUCGUGGAGAAGGAUAAAUGA